AUGAAUGAUCGUACGUCGCCUCCGCAGGAGAACCCUUCCCAGGGACAACCGACCUCGUCUCCGAGCCAAGCAGCUCCCGAGACGGCGAGUGGCAAUCUACUCCCGGCAGAGCACUGGGUAGAAUUAGAAGAAGAUCCCGAUACGAGCGAUCAAGACUCGACUUACAGCGACAACCAAACCUCCACCGCCAGCUUGACAUCCUCCAUUCUUGAAUACAGGACAAUACUCGGCAGGUCGUUUCAUAGUGAACGUGGAAACGCUCAAUAUUGGGGGUCAAAUGACGAGGAACAGAAUAAUGCGAUGGAUAUCAAUCAUCACGUACAAUACCUUCUACUAGAUGGAAAGCUUCAUCUGGCUCCUCUAUCAAAGGACAUUAACACAGUCAUUGAUAUCGGCACGGGAACAGGCAUCUGGGCUCUUGAUUUUGCAGACGAAUACCCAAACGCAAGCGUCAUCGGCACCGACGUCUCACCAAUCCAACCCAGUUGGGUACCGCCUAAUUUGCAAUUGUCAGGCAACUCUCCGUCUUCUGGACAAUCAACUGACAUGUCCAACAGCCAGAUCGAUGACUGUACCCAGGAAUGGACAUUCAAGGAGAACUCGGCCGACUUUGUGCAUGUGCGCUGGCUAGUUGGUAGUAUCCCGGACUGGACAGCUCUGUUCAAGCAGGCCUAUCGCUGUCUCAAGCCCGGCGCCUAUCUCGAGAGUCACGAGGCUUCGGCGAGGGUUCUAAGCGAUGAUGGGUCUGUCCAUGACGACUCAGCGCUGGGGCAAUGGGGUAAGAUUUUUAUCGAAGGCGGUCGUAAGAUCGGGAGACCUUUUACAGUUGUCGAGGACGAUUUACAGAAGAAGGCAAUGGAGGCCGCAGGCUUUAUUGACAUCAAGGUUACGACACUCAAGUGUCCCAUCGGCGGAUGGCCGAAGGACGAGAAACUCAAGGAGGUGGGCAGGUACAUGAAGCUGGCCCUUGGUCAGGACAUUGAGGGCGCCGUCAUCUUUAUGGCCGACUUGCUGGGCUGGAAGAAGGAAGAGAUUUUGUUGUACGCUGCUCAUCUCAGGCGUGAGCUGGCUUCGACCAAGUUUCAUCCGUACUAUCGGCAAAACAUUGUUGUCGGUCGAAAGCCAGAGUAG